UGAAAAAAAAAGAAUGGCACCGUCCGGAUUGGAAGUCAUCCUCGUCGGGUUUAUACUCGUUCUUCCAUUUUUGUACGAGACGAGUAAAAGAUUUAGGUAUUAUUUCAAAUUCCUCAUGUAUUAUGGAAUCGUCAUGAUAAAUUCAGUCAUUCUCAUCCCGAUAAUGACAUUUCGUCCGGGGAACGUCAAGAAUUUAAUAUUGGCAUCUUCAUUGUGUCAUCAUAUAAGUACUCUUCUGGGUCUGCGAUGGGAGCUGAAGGGACGAGAGCAUUUGGAGAAAGAGCAGGCUUGUAUAAUCGUCGCUAAUCAUCAGAGCUCAAUCGAUAUUUUGGGAAUGUUUGAUAUUUGGCCGAUCAUGGACAAGUGCACAGUUGUUGCUAAGAAGGAGAUUUUUUAUUUCUGGCCGUUUGGACUCGCUGCCUGGUUAUGCGGACUCAUCUUCAUCGACAGAAUGCACUCGGAAAAGGCACGAAAUACUCUCAAUGAAGCUACGGAUAAUAUUAAGAAGAAGAAGAUUAAAUUGUGGAUUUUUCCUGAAGGCACAAGACACAACGACGGAGAAAUUCAUGAUUUUAAAAAAGGCGCGUUUCACAUGGCAAUCAACUCUCAAUUACCCAUUUUACCUGUUGUGUUUUCAUCGUACUAUUUUUUGAAUACGAAUGAAAAAAUGUUUGAUCCAGGACGGGUAAUUGUUACAGCUUUACCCCCGAUUUCCACCGAAGGCUUGGGGCCAGAUGACAUUGAAUCCCUGAUGACAAGAACACGAUCGACGAUGUCUGAAGUAUUUCACGUAUCUAGUCAUGAGGUUCAGACGGCCUCAUGAAUACUUCUCCCAGUAAUAAAAAUAUUCCACAAUCUCGUCAGAAUACGAAGGCGCACAAAAAAAAUCGACAAAUUUUCAUCGUCGAAAACCAAAGACUUGACUACGUUUUACCCAUUUCGAUAAUUUAUCAUUGAUUCGAUGAGUUGUGCAUCCGACUUAUUAAUUCCAAAAGUACUCAUUAAGAUUAGUAUUGUCCUUAUAUUUUAUACACAAGAGAUGCUUUUUCAUCUCGACGUAAAUUUCAUGGCCAUACGUUAUGUAUUUCAGUAUUAUAAUUUUUUCUGAUAUCAAUUAUUUAUACUCUAUUGAGAACUCGAAGUGAUUUUCAUCGUGGCAUAUUACCAGUAAGAAUUUAAACAAUCGUGUGAGAUCAAAUAAAUUGUAGUCUGAUAAAUACGA